AUGAAUUUUAUUGAAUAAUUUCAGAAGAUUAAAUGCACAAAGCAUCCCCAAGCACCCAUUUCCAAUAUCUGUCUGAAUCAGGAGUGCAAGGAAGAGUAAUACUUUUGCCAGAAUUGUAUUAAACUCCAUUUGACUCAUUCGACUCACAUUAUUUACAUGAAACAGAUUGACAAGUUACUAAAACGUCAUACCAAUGUGAAUGAGAUCAUACAGGACAAAUAGGGAUUGGAAGCCUUCAAUGUAUUUAGAAGUUUUAAAACUGCAAUUGAGGAUAGAUUGAACCAAUUGGAGGACGAAUUGAGAUUGCUCAUAUUGAAGUUGGUGAAUGACCAAAAAAUGAAUGAUUAAGGGUACAAGUUUCUGCAGAGUCUGAACCAAUUCAACGAGUAGGACAUAAAAGAACUGAGAUUGUUCUUAAUCAAUCAACAAUAAAACAUUUAAAAUAACCAAAUCAAUUUAAAGGAAAAAGAGAGUAAGUAGUAAUUGGUACAACUCACAUCCUACUUGCAAGACAAAAUACCCAACAUUUAGAAGUCAAUGAUAGAUCAAUUGGAUUGUGUUAAUAGCACAUUCUACACAAAAACUGAGAGAGUGGAGAGACUGCGUAAAGUGUGGAUAGCUGAUGACGGACAGAGUAAGCCCAGUAUCUUUGACAAAUCCACCAUUCGAGCCAAUGUGUUUCAAGUGAGAGAGAAGCAGUUGUAUUUGAUUGGAAUCUUCUAACCAAUACUGUAUAAGGGAAGUUAUAAUUCCACUAAUUACGACUCACAAGUCAAGACUCCCAAAUUGAUAUAUAAACUGCACGAGGAUACCAAUCUAACCAAAUACAUCUUCAAAUAACACAAAGUCUUGGAACAUGAUAAAUUGCAAGUAGUGGAUGGCCACUUGUAUUUUAUUGAAUUCAGAAAUCCCAUAAAGUUGUUACCCAACAAGACUUACACUAUAUCCAUUUCAACCAAGGAAGCCAAACUGUUUCAGACUUAUCAUUAUUCGAUUCCUGUCAUUGAUCACCCUCUGAUCAAAUGGCAAACUGAGGAUCUGACGGAUUCUGAUAUUUUUACAAAGGGACCUUAUGUGCAGCAUAUUUAUUCCUAUGCUAAUAUCGAUCAGAUUCCCAGCUUAGUUGUGAAAACAUGAAAUUUAUCAUAAUAAGGAUAUA